CUCCCGGGUGGGAAGGCUGGGAGGCGGAGGCGAGGAGGGGCUGCAGAGGGGCGUCCGGUUACGUCUCCGCCUCCCCAGCCGCGGGCCGCAGAGCCGCUUGCUGUGCGGGACAGCAGUUGGGUAACAUGUUGGCGACGAGCCGCAGGCGCGGGGCUGUGUGGUUGCGGGCGCUGCUGCUGCAGCUGCUGCUGGCGGGGCCCGGGGGCUGCCUGAGCCGCCAGGAGCUCUUCCCCUUCGGUCCCGAACACGGCGACCUGGAGCUGGAGGACGGGGACGACCUCGUCUCCCCGGCCCUGGAGCUGAGCGGGGCGCUCCGCUUCUACGACAAGUCGGACAUCACCUCGGUCUACGUCACCACAAAUGGCAUCAUUGCCACCAGUGAACCACCGGCCGAAGAGUCGCACCCUGGACUCUUCCCACCCACCUUCGGCGCCAUCGCUCCUUUCUUGGCGGACCUGGACACAACCGGUGGCCUGGGGAAGGUCUACUACCGGGAAGACCUGUCCCCCUCCAUCCUGCAGCUGGCGGCGGAGUGUGUCCAGAGGGGCUUCCCAGAGGUCUCUUUCCAGCCCAGCAGUGUGGUGGUGGUCACUUGGGAAUCUGUGGCCCCCUACCAGGGGCCCGACAGGAGCCCUGCCCAAGAAGGCAAGAGAAACACGUUCCAGGCUGUCCUGGCCUCCUCUGACUCCAGCUCCUAUGCCAUUUUCCUUUAUCCGGAAGACGGUCUGCAGUUCUCCACCACAUUCUCCAAGAAGGAUGAGAACCAAGUGCCCGCCAUGGUUGUGUUCAGUCAAGGUUUAGUGGGAUUCCUGUGGACGAGCGACGGAGCAUACAACAUGUUUGCUAAUGACCCAGAGUCGAUUGAAAACUUGGCCAAGAGUAGCAACUCUGGGCACCAAGGCGUGUGGGUGUUUGAGAUCGGGAGUCCGGCCACGGCCAGUGGCGUAGUACCUGCAGAUGUGAACCUCGGACCAGAUGAUGGAGCACAGUAUGAGGAGGAGGAUGAAGAUUAUGACCUGGUGACUCCUCCUGUGGGCCUGGAGGAUGUGGGCACCACAUCCUUCCCCUACAAGACUUCAAGGAGGGGAGACACUGACACAUACAAUGUCCCCAGUGUCCUCUCCCCCCGUCAUGGGGCUACUGAGAGACCCUCAGGAUCCUCCACAGAGAGGACCAGGUCCUUCCAACUGCCAGCGGAGAAGUUUCCCCAGCAGCACCCCCAGGUCAUCGAUGUGGAUGAAGUGGAGGAAACGGGAGUUGUGUUCAGCUACAACACGGACUCCCGGCAGACGUGCGCCAACAGCAGGCACCAAUGUUCGGUGCACGCUGAGUGCAGGGACCACGCCACAGGCUUCUGCUGCCGCUGCGUGGCGGGCUACACCGGCAACGGCAGGCAGUGCGUUGCAGAAGGUUCCCCUCAGCGUGUCAAUGGCAAGGUGAAGGGAAGGAUCUUUGUGGGGAGCAGCCAGGUCCCCGUUGUCUUCGAGAACACCGACCUCCACUCCUACGUGGUGAUGAACCAUGGACGCUCCUACACGGCCAUCAGCACCAUUCCCGAGACCAUCGGCUAUUCUCUGCUUCCUCUGGCGCCCAUUGGAGGCAUCAUUGGAUGGAUGUUUGCAGUGGAGCAGGACGGAUUCAAGAAUGGGUUCAGCAUCACUGGGGGCGAGUUCACCCGGCAGGCUGAAGUGACCUUUGUGGGCCACCCUGGCAAGCUGGUCAUCAAGCAGCAGUUCAGUGGUAUCGACGAGCACGGGCACCUGACCAUCGACACGGAGCUGGAGGGCCGCCUGCCGCAGAUCCCGUUCGGCUCCUCUGUGCACAUGGAGCCUUACACAGAGCUCUACCACUACUCCAGCUCUGUGAUCACUUCCUCCUCCACGAGGGAGUACACGGUGAUGGAGCCCGAGCGGGACGGGGCCACGCCUUCCCACACCUACACCUACCAGUGGCGCCAGACCAUCACCUUCCAGGAGUGUGUCCAUGACGCCUCCCGGCCGGCCCUGCCCAGCACGCAGCAGCUCUCGGUGGAUAGCGUGUUCGUCCUGUACAACCAGGAGGAGAGGAUCCUGCGCUACGCUCUCAGCAACUCCAUCGGGCCUGUGCGGGAUGGCUCCCCGGAUGCUCUUCAGAACCCUUGCUACAUCGGCACUCACGGGUGUGACACCAACGCGGCCUGUCGCCCUGGACCUGGGACACAGUUCACCUGCGAGUGCUCCAUCGGCUUCCGAGGAGACGGGCGGAUCUGUUACGAUAUUGACGAAUGUUCUGAGCAACCCUCGGUGUGUGGCAGCCACGCGAUCUGCAAUAACCACCCGGGGACCUUCCGCUGCGAGUGUGUGGAGGGCUACCGCUUCUCAGACGGGGGGACGUGUGUGGCCAUUGUGGACCAGCGCCCCAUCAACUAUUGUGCCACCGGCCUUCACGACUGUGACAUCCCGCAGCGGGCCCAGUGCGUCUACACAGGAGGUUCCUCCUAUGCCUGCUCCUGUCUUCCCGGCUUCUUCGGGGAUGGCCGAGCCUGCCAAGAUGUGGAUGAAUGUCAGCCCAGCCGAUGUCACCCCGAUGCCUUCUGCUACAACACCCCAGGUUCCUUCUCGUGCCAAUGCAAGCCUGGCUACCAGGGAGAUGGCUUCCGAUGCGUGCCUGGAGAGGCAGAGAAAACCCGGUGUCAGCAGGAGCGAGAGCACAUUCUCGGAGCCGCGGGAGCAGCCGACGCGCAGAGGCCCAGGCUCCCUGGGCUGUUUGUCCCCGAGUGUGACGAGCACGGGCACUACGCGCCCACGCAAUGCCACGGCAGCACUGGCUAUUGCUGGUGCGUGGACCGGGAUGGCCGUGAGUUGGAGGGCACCAGGACCAGACCCGGGAUGAUGCCCCCAUGUCUGAGUACAGUGGCUCCCCCCGUUCCCCAGAGACCCUUGGUGCCUACAGCCGUCAUCCCCCUGCCCCCUGGGACCCACUUGCUCUUUGCCCAGACUGGGAAGAUCGAGCGCCUGCCCCUGGAGGGCAGCACCAUGAGGAAGACGGAAGCCAAGGCGCUGCUUCACAUCCCGGCGAAAGUCAUCAUUGGACUGGCCUUUGACUGCGUGGACAAGAUGAUUUACUGGACGGACAUCAGCGAACCUUCCAUUGGGAGAGCCAGCCUGCACGGUGGGGAGCCAGCCACCAUCAUCCGACAAGAUCUGGGAAGCCCAGAAGGUAUUGCCGUUGACCAUCUUGGCCGCAACAUCUUCUGGACCGAUUCCCACCUGGAUCGAAUAGAAGUUGCAAAGCUGGAUGGCACACAGCGCCGGGUGCUUUUUGAGACGGAUUUGGUGAAUCCAAGAGGCAUUGUGACGGAUUCCGUGAGAGGGAACCUUUAUUGGACAGACUGGAACAGAGACCGCCCCAAAAUUGAAACUUCCUACAUGGAUGGCACCAACCGGAGGAUCCUUGUGCAGGAUGAUCUGGGCCUGCCCAACGGCCUGACCUUUGAUGUGUUCUCUUCCCAGCUAUGCUGGGUGGAUGCAGGCACCCAUCAGGCAGAAUGCCUGAACCCGGGUCAGCCCAGCAGACGCAGGGUUCUCGAAGGGCUCCAGUAUCCUUUCGCUGUGACGAGCUAUGGGAAGAAUCUGUAUUACACAGACUGGAAGACGAAUUCCGUAGUCGCUGUCGAUCUUGCUAUUUCCAGAGAGACAGAUAGCUUCCAGCCCCACAAGCAGACCCGGCUAUAUGGCAUCACCACCGCCCUGUCACAGUGUCCCCAAGGUCACAACUACUGCUCGGUGAACAAUGGUGGCUGCACCCACCUCUGCUUGGCCACCCCGGGGAGCAGGACCUGUCGUUGCCCUGACAACACUCUGGGAGUUGACUGUAUAGAGCGGAAAUGAAGAUCAGAGUGUCUUAUCCCCAUCCAAGUAUUUCACAGCAGCACCCUACUUGAAACUACUAGGUCCAGAUUGAAAACUGCCCUCCAGCUGACUGACCACUGGGCCCAGGCUAGCCAAGCCUAAGCAACAACUUUCCCCUCAUUCUUCACUAGAACAUACACCCUGGACUUCUGCAGUGGGAAAUCUCUGCACGAGGACAGGAUCACCCACCCUGACCCCAACACUCAGAUGAGCUCAUAGAGCCCAGCUCAAAAUUAGGUGCCAUCCAGUGCCCCAAGUCCUUUCCCCAGGGUGAGCAGACUCUUCAUAGGCCUGAGUGGUCCAUUGUUCUGUGGCCUUAUGAGCUCAGCCUUGAUUCUGAGCCACCUACCAUCCUGGCAGCUCCUUGUCACACCAGCCAGGGCCUUCCUAGGUGAGGUUGGGAGGGAGGAAGGAAAGGAGGGAGAAAGCCCUCACAGGCUUCCUUUCUUUAUUCGCAUCUUUUUUGCCCCUUCAUCCUACCUGAGGUGACAGCUGUAGUGUGUGUGCUCUGCCUUUUAAUUGCACCAUCCUAAGAACAUACAGGUAUUUAGUAGAUGAUAAUGAGUAGCACCCCCUGGAUAAAACAUUGGCAUUUCAGCAGUAGUCUUUGGUAGUCAAAGGCUUAAAUUGAAAGGUAUUCUGAGGUAGGAAUUUUAAGAUGUAGAAUCAGAUGUUUGGGGAUAGGGGAUUAUGUUCAUGUGCCUUAAAUUAUACCAAAGAUCACCAAAUUAUUUCUCUCUGCCCAAAGCACCUGCUUCUCAGUCUCUGAUCACUAAUGCUGUGCUAGACUUCAGUGCCACUGCUGGUACCUGUGUUCUGUCUCCUCAUGGAGACCUGUCUGAGGCACAGGCUGGGACUGGUUCCGGGUGACCCAUCACAGCACCUCAUCUCUGUCCUCCAUGCCUGAGAACCAAUAUACUCUCAACCACCAACUCACUUCUUUGUUUCUCUCUCUAUCUGUGCCUCUUGCUGUGUGUAUUCUUACUUAAAGACACAAUCCAGGAAGAUCUAGUUGAGAGUUUAUAUUAAUAGUUCAGACCCCUUAAUUUCUCAUUGGUCUAAUUCAAGGGACCAUUGCUUCAUUUCAUGUUUAUGUUUCUACAAUUUUUUUGUGAAAAAAAAAUUUCCUGACCAUAUGAGUAAUUAAUGUUCAUCUUUUUUUCCAACCGUCUCCCAAAUUCCUAAAACAAUAGAAAUUUUGGAUUGAAAGUUGAGCAUAAGGAGUUUGAGUUGGUAGAGGGUAGAGCAAGGGCAGAGAGAAGACUCAGUGGAAAGCACCACAGAGAGACUGAGGGAGAGCAGGAAAGGAACAUCCGAGAGGAAAUGUUGGGGGGAUUCAAGAACAGCAGUAACUAGCCCCUUUAAAUAAUGCCAAAGAGAUGGAUGGGGAGCAGGAAAGGUGAACCCCAGAGGAAGGGGAGGGAAGAGGACUUAGGAACAGCAAGAACAAAAAUCCUUAAAAAGUGCCAAAGAGAAAAUGGAACAUUUUGCCAAAGAAUGCUUAUCCUGAGGACAUGGAAGAUUUUGCAUGAAAUUCUCCCUGUGGAAGGAUUCCACUUUCUUACAGGCCCAGCACACUCAGCACUUCCUGCUUCUGUCCUCACCUGCCCUGCAGUACCUGGGAGCCUGGGUUGCGAGGGUGGCUUUCUCUAUACAGUUGGGUUUGAAUGGCAACUAUAUCCCCAAGAAUCACAAGAUUUGGGGAACACAUGGACCUUAUAUGUAGCACAACUCAAUAAAUUUCUUUUUAUAUUUAUCAUUCCAUAUUAAACCCUCUAUAUCAAAUGUUCAA